AUGAAGAUCGUCGAAUUCAGACUCAUUCUGCCUCUCACACCAGAGGAGUACCGGCGUUGCCAGAUAUUUUUGAUAGCUCUUGCUGCACUGGAGACAGCAGAAGCACAGAAGGAGACAGGGGGGCCCCCCAGGGGCCCCCUAAUACAAAUUCUAGCUUCGCAGGAUUACCUUAUAGACGGAGAGAGGGGACAGUAUACACACAAAAGAAUAGAUAUAGCUGAAUGGAAUGCAUACCCGCGCUUGCGUACAGAGUAUGAGUCUGAGAAAUUCUCCAAGGCAAAGAUUUCGAUAACGAGCAACCAUUUGUCUGGUGUAUGCACAGAUGACAACGCUACGAAUUUGUCUGCUGAGGCCCUGAAACGGAGAAAGAUAGAUAUUAUAGAUAUUGUUAAUGAUGGAGGGUUUUCUUCAGCUGACGGUUUCUCUUCUUGGCGUUCUGAGAAGGCUGGCUUUGGGCCCCUAGCAGCCGACUGGUACACAAACGUACCCAGGGUACCGCAGAGGCCCCCGAGGGCCCCCCGCAGGCAUCGGGGGCCCCCCAGGGGGGCCCCCAGAGGGGGGGCCCCUCACGAUGGGCCCCCAGAUGCUCCCCCGGAGGCCCCCCCCACGGGGGCCCCCUUGGGGGCCCCCCAAGGGGCCCCUCAAGAGGCCCCCGUUGGCCGUAUCGGUGUGGGGCCCCCCGAGGCUAAUCAGGGGCCCCAUACCUCAUCUGAGGGGCCCCUAUCUUCUUCUGCUGCAGCAGGUACUACUGGGGCCCCCUAUAUGGGGGCCCCCCUCCCCUCUGUCUCCCCCCCCGCCGCCAACACCUCUUCGGGGGCCCCUCUAGGGGCCCCCCCCAAAGAAACCUCAACAGGGUCCCCUAAUGGAGAGUUGCCCCAGGUGCCCGGGGGGCCCCAGGGGCCCCUGGGGCCCCCUGGGGCCCCAGGGGCCCCGGUGCCGGAGGGGGCCGAAGGGCCCCCGGGGGCCCCGGGGGCCCCCGGGGCCCCCGAGCUGGUUGCUGCGUACCCUUUGAUGACUUGUUAUAAAUGUUUUGUGGUGGAUUUUCCUUACUUUGGGAUAGUGGCGGGGCGCAUAGAGAACUGGGUUGUGGCGGCGAUGCGGCAGCAGCUGCUGCACUACCACCGCAGAGCUGUUGCUUGUAUGGAUAGGUGGUACGAUCUAUCUCUAGAUGAAGUCCGUGCCUUCGAAGAAGAUGUGAGGCAGCAGCUAGCGGUAUUAUCUUCGCUUUCUCGCGAUGCCUCGGGGGCCCCCCAGGAGCGUGGGGGCCCCCAGGGGGCCCCUGCCGUGGGGGCCCCUGUGGGGGCCCCCGCUGGGGGCCCCCCCCCAGCAGCAGCUGAGGGCAGAAAGGGUUCAGUCUGUUCUUCUGACUCGGGGGCAAGCGAAGCCGGGGGGCCCCUAGAGGAAAAGGGGGGCCCCUUUGGGGGCCCCUUUGGGGGCCCCCAAGGGGGCCCCCUGGGGGCCCCCCAGGGGCCCCUGCUGGAUAUAGAAGAUGUUAUAGAUGACGCUGAGGUGUAUAGAGGCAGCAGGCUGCUGCCGUUGCGGCUGUCUCCGCGCAGCGUUGCUCUGCUGCAGCGGCUGCAGCAGAGUAUCCUGAAGGCCCCGUCCCCCCACCAGCAGCAGCAGCAGCAGCAGCAACAGCAGCAGCAGCAGCAGCAGCAGCAGCAGAUGAAUAGAAGUAGAAGUUUUUGUAUAAACUCAAGAGACAAAGACACAAAAAGAGAGGGCCCCAUCAAACACGGAUAUUUAGAGAAACUGGGUUCGUAUGGGGCCCCCGCUGAUGAGGGGGCCCCCCCUGGGGGCCCCCUGCCGCCUAACCCUACUGCUGCUGUUGCUGCUGCUGCUGCUGCUGCUGCUGCGGAUGGGGAUGGGUUGUGGAGCAGCCGGUGGCAUCUGCGUUAUUUUAUUUUGCGUGGGGGCCGUCUCCAGUACUUCGAUGACCCCAGGGAGACAAAAACUAAACAAACCUUCUCGCUUGCAGGGGCCAAAGCGGGCUGGGCCCCUGAAGUGAAAGAAAAACCCUUUACCUUCUACGUCGAGACUGCAUCGAAGAAACGCAUCUUCCUCAGCGGAGGUAGCGAGGAAGAGCUUCGAGGCUGGGUAUCGGCAAUCCGUGACGCAGCAGCAGCAAUGGACAGCAGCAGCAGCAGCAGCAGCAGCAGCAGCAGCAUGUAUUUUACCGAGGGUUCAGCUGAGAUUCAGGGGUUUACAUCGAUGGCAUCGCUCGCCUCCAUGGGGCCCCUGGGGGGCCCCCCAGACACCCUAGAGGGCCCCCACCUCUCCUCCUUGGGGGCCCCCUCAAACGCAUGCACUGAUGAUAUUAACUCAACCCCUUCUUCGGGCCCCCUCAAACGCAUGCACUGA